AAAACAGAUAGCUGGAGCAAUGACACAAUACAAACAUGAAGCAUCUUAGAUUAAAUGCAAAAUGUUGACGUAACAUACAAGGGGCGCAUUUAUUGGCUCAUCAUCUCUCCUGAUACGGUCAGGUAAAAACCGACCGGGGUGCUUUAGUUUGAAAUGUUUUCAAAACCGGAAACCACCUGUUCUGCUGCUGCUAGCUUGAUGUAGUUCUCAAACUUUCGCCGAUAUGGUAGCGAAACGUCUCAAAGUCGGGGCUCGACCGCAGCGUAAAAGUUGAUUAUAUCGCCCGUCGUGCCGCGCGAGCAUGUGCGCGCGUCUGACUCCUUCCUGACAGGCGGCGAGGAGCGUGUCCGGGACGCCCGUUGCCGCCGCGGAGGCGUUUCCAUGGUGGCCGAACUGAAAACUCACGGAGCGGAACUUUUGAGCCAGUGACGCCUCGCGUCUUUCCGCCACAGCGCCGCUUGAGUUGACCGAGGGGUUAGAGGCGGUUAGAGACAAAAGUGCCACCGCCAUGGCCCGCGCCGCCGCUUCCGUGUGUGCUCUGGUUUUCAGCGUGUGCCUCGGCGUGUCACGGUGUUACUUCGCCGUGCCGCUGAAGAUCUCCACCGGGAGCUACAACGUCUCCUCGGACGCCGCUGUGACCCGGCGGGUGGUGCUAACGGCUGAUGGAGACGGCCUCUCCUUGGCCUCGGAUCCCAGCGGCGCCGUCAACUUUCUGGACAUGGUGAAUAACUUGCAAGGGGACCAUGGAAGAGGCUACUACAUAGAAAUGUCCAUCGGUACACCUGGUCAGAAGGUGAACAUCCUGGUGGAUACAGGAAGUAGUAACUUCGCCGUGGCUGCAGCUCCACACCCGUUUAUUACUCACUACUUCGACGCUGCGCUCUCCGGUACAUACCAGCCUUCUGGCCGGACUGUGGCUGUCAGGUACACUCAGGGCAACUGGGAAGGGGAACUGGGCACUGACCGGGUCUCCAUUCCCAAUGGCCCAAAUGGGACCUUCACCAUCAACAUCGCUGCCAUCUUGUCCUCUGAGGGCUUCUUCCUUCCAGGGGUCAACUGGCAAGGCAUCCUGGGACUGGCCUAUCCCAUGCUGGCAAGGCCCGACUCGUCCGUGGUGCCCUUCUUCAACUCUUUAGUGCAACAGCUGGGAAUUCCCGACAUCUUCUCCCUCCAGAUGUGCGGUGCUGGAAUUUCCGCCAGCAGCGCGGCGGACCCCCCUGGAGGCAGCCUCAUCAUGGGGGGGGCCGAACCAACUCUGUAUCGGGGAUCCGUGUGGUACACCCCCAUAGUAGAGGAGUGGUACUUCCAGGUGGAGGUUUUGAAGCUGGAGGUUGGGGAGCAGAAUUUGAACCUGGACUGCAGAGAGUACAACAUGGACAAAGCGAUCGUUGACAGCGGGACGACGCUGCUGCGUCUUCCCGUCAACGUCUUCAACGCGGUGGUGGAAGCCAUCACACGCAGCUCUCUGAUCCAAGACUUCUCUUCGGGGUUCUGGGAUGGCAGCAAGCUCGCGUGUUGGAUGAAGGGAGAAACCCCCUGGAGGUUUUUCCCCAAGCUGUCCAUCUACCUCAGGGCCACCAACACCAGCCAGUCCUUCCGCAUCACCAUCCUGCCGAAGCUGUACAUUCAGCCAAUCACGGACGUGGACGGCACGCUGGACUGCUUCCGCUUUGGGCUGUCUUCGUCAGCGAACGGCCUGGUCAUCGGCGCCACUGUUAUGGAAGGCUUCUACGUGGUGUUCGACCGCGCCCAGCGGAGACUCGGCUUCGCCCUCAGCAGCUGUGCAGUGAGCGGUGGGGAGGCCCUUUCAGAGAUCGCGGGGCCCUUCUCGGCAGCAGACGUGGCGGCCAACUGCUCUUGGGGCCCGCCGAAGGAGCCCUUCAUGUGGAUGGUCUCCUACGCCCUGAUGGCGGUCUGCGCCAUGGUCCUCAUCAUGCUGCUGCUCCUGCUGGUCCUGCCCUGCCGCAGAAACCGCUCCGGGGAGAUCACCGACGAGUCCUCCCUGGUCCGCCACCGCAUCAAGUGACUGAGGGGAAGAGGAGGGGCGGCGGCGGCUGCGGCGCGCGGCGGGCGGAGCCCAUCCGCGGCGGCGCAGAAAGGGGUGGGGCUCGGCCUGCACCAAACGACGGCGGCGGCGGCGGCGGCGGCGGCGCGCGCCUCCGGGUGUCUGACGGACUCCAGUGGGAACUCGAAGGCUUGGUCCACGGACAUCGACACAGACCGAUCCAACACCUCGUGACAGGAACACAGCCGGCGGCUCUUUGCGCUCUGUAUGCUGUGUGCUGAUGUAUCACAAGAGCUGAGGCUGGACUUCCUUCCACACCCUCACACGGCAGCAGGUGGGGAGGACAUGAACCUCAACAACAUCAGGACAAACGUGCUCAAGGACCGGUGGUGCUUUCUUGAACAAUUUAAAAGUUACAGAAUUUCAUUUCUGAAGAAAUACGACCUCUUAAGAUACGUCUUCACCGUCUGGUUUUAUAUUUUACAAACUAAUCAGCAAGUGAAUGUUUCUGCCUUCUUUAUAUUUUCAUCACCAGAUCUCGAUGGAGGGAAACUGAUGCCUGCGUAAUGUCGAAGUCAAUGGGAGAAGCUGCUUUAACAAUCACUGGAGGUUCAACGCGUUUACGGAGCCUGCAGUGCCAGCUCACUGCUAACACUAAAUAAUCCACAGUAUCAGCACUUUGAGGCUCACUGCUGAAUUGCACUUUGUUUCUUAAGUCAAUCAAAAGUGUAUCAUAAAUCUCAAGAUCAAUAUUUCUCAAUCUUUUAUGCAAUCUGUCGUAUUAAUCUAAUCUUACUAAUUGUAUAUGUCUAAGUUUGAAUUUAAUUAUCUUUGAUGGGAUUGUGUUAUUCCAAAUGUUUGCUUUUUAGACACUAGAUUUUCAAGGGGUACCAAUUUAUACUUCACACGUGACCCGUUGGAAGCUCAUUCUGUGCACUACUGUUGGUUUUCUUGUGGGCCACUUAAAGUUGUCAAGCAUUGUGUUACAGUCUCAUCGUACAGAGCAUCGCUGUUUCAAGCCGCACAAAUGUGUCACUUUGCCAAAAGUUAAAAAAAAUUAAAGAUACACUUGAAACUUUGUCGCUUAUUUAAAAGUGCAUUUCCUUUUGUGCCAAAACCGUACUGAUGUUGUAAAUAAAAUAACUUGGUACCAAAUCAAAGAUGUUAAUCAUUUGAAAUGAAUAAAGGUGUUUUGGUGAAAG